AUGUUGACUGGAGGCAUCCCAGCAGCAUUCAAAGAUCUACAAAACAUGCAAACUUUGGAUAUGGAAGAUAAUAAUCUAAAUGGCACUUUAGAAAACCUUUGCAAUUUGCAGAGGUUGGCUUAUGUAUACCUGACCACAAACCAGUUUUCUGGGUCUUUACCAGAAUGCUUCGGUAAUAUGACUUCUCUUCGGGAUCUUACACUAGGAAACAACUUUUUAGUCUCUGCCAUACCUAAUAGUUUUUGGAAACUCAAAGAUCUCUUGCAGUUGAACUUAUCCUCAAACUCCCUAAAUGGUUCCUUGCCCCUUGAAGUUGGAACUCUGAAAGCUGUAACAUCUAUAGACGUAUCAGCGAAUCAAUUCUCUGGUGACAUUCCCAGCACAACAGGUGAUUUGCAAAACCUGUUGAUUUUAAAUUUAUCCCAAAACCAAUUUCAUGGAUCUAUCCCAGAGUCAUUUGGCAAUAUGCUCAGCUUGCAAGGACUUUACUUAUCGCACAACAAUCUUUCUGGCUUCAUACCAAAGUCAAUGGAGGCACUUCGGGACCUCCAAGAGCUUGACGUUUCUUAUAACCAUUUAAGUGGUGAAAUUCCUUCUGGUGGUCACUUUAGGAACUUUACCACUGAAUCUUUUCUCUUCAAUGAUGCAUUGUGCGGAGAUUUCAGGUUUCAUGUGCCGCCUUGCCCAAGAACGAAUUCAAUUCACAGGUCGAGAACAAAAAAGGUGCUUCUAUUUGUAUUUGUUCCUCUGGGAAUCGCUUCUGUAGUUGUCGCAGCCUUUGCAAUUGUCUUCAGAAGAUAUUGGAAGAAGUAUCAGGAUUCUAAAGGAACAAACAUGGUAUUGGUGCCAACGCAAGAAAGAGUUUCGUACUAUGAACUUCUUCGAGCAACUGAUGGGUACAGUGAAAGCAAUGUGCUUGGCAUUGGGAGUUUUGGAUCUGUUUACAAGGGGAUUCUCAAUGAUGGAAGGUCUAUUGCUGUAAAGGUUUUCAAUUUGGAACUGGAAGGAGUGCUCAAGAGCUUUGAUGUAGAGUGUGAAGUCCUGAAGAACCUUCGCCAUCGAAAUCUUUUGAAGGUCAUCAGCGGUUGUUGGAACCAGGAUUUUAGGGCCUUGGUGCUUGAAUACAUGUGCAAUGGAAGCCUUGAGAAGUGGCUGUAUUCUGACAACUAUUUCUUGGAUACUCUACAGAGAUUGAAUAUAAUGAUAGAUGUGGCAAUUGCAGUGCAAUAUCUCCAUGAAGAAUAUUCGACGCCUGUGAUUCACUGUGAUUUGAAGCCCAGUAAUGUCUUACUUGAUGAAGAUAUGGUUGCCCACGUCAGCGACUUUGGUGUCGCAAAAAUGCUGGAAAAGGAGGAAAGCUUUGCAUGGACCAAGACCUUAGCUACAAUUGGCUACAUUGCUCCAGAGUAUGGAUCUGAGGGUUUGAUAUCAGCAAAAUGCGAUGUUUAUAGCUAUGGAAUCAUGCUGAUGGAAGUUUUUUCAAGAAGAAAGCCUAACGAUGAAAUGUUUGUGGGAAAUUUGAACUUGAAGAGUUGGAUAAAUGAUUCUCUGCCUAAUUCGAUUCUUCAGGUUAUUGAUGCUAAGUUGUUGAAGCAUGAGGAUGAAAAUUUCACUGAGAAGUUGGAGAGUUUAUCAUCAAUCAUGGAAUUGGCCUUAAAAUGUGUUCGUGAAUCUCCAAGCGAGAGAAUUAGUAUGGAAGUUACGCUGGAGACACUGAAGAAGAUAAAACUCAAAUUCUUGCGGGUCAAUUAA